CUGCGAAUCAAUUGGAGUGAACGAAUAUGAAUAUCAGCCACACAACACAGAGAAAGACGAGUUUAAUUUAAGUGGGUUUGGGUUUGGGAUUGGGAUUGGGAUUGGGAUUGGGUUUGGAAGAAGUGAACAAGUUUCCUUUGAUUUGAUGAUGCCAUAAUCAAUCAAAGUCCAAAACAAUGGUGGCGAUGAGCUCGAUGGAGUUGCUGAUCCCCAAAUUAAGGUUGGGAGAAUGCCACUCCAAAUCCCAACUAUUAGCACUAUCCUCAUCAUGUAUUGCAAAGCAGCAGCACCCGCGUGCAUUGAUGUGCAAAGCAUCAGCGGCGGAAUCCAAUGCGACGGCGCUGGAGCAGACGGGAGGGAAGAUGGUGGUGGAGCUGGUGGGAGCCUUCAACCAGCUGACCCAGAAGAUCAACGUCUUGUCCAGCAGCUCCUCUCGCUUGCUCUUCAAGUCUCUCAAGCUCUCCAUUCCCAUCCUGCAGGCCUUGCCUCUCGUUCCUGAUGGCCGCUCUCCUCUUUCUAAGGCCUUGUCUCUCGCUCUCCUUCUCGCCGCUCUCCAGAUGGAUGCAGAAGUUAUUUCCGCUGGCCUACUGACCCAAGUUCUGGAGGCAGGUGCCAUUUCCAUCUAUCAAGUCAGAGAUCGUAUUGGUACUGGCACUGCCCAUCUUUUGCAUGAAAGCAUGCGCUUGAAGAAUAUCCCUUCCAAAGUCGAAGUUUUGGAUGAUGAUAGUGCGGCUGCCCUAAGAAAAUUCUGCCUUACAUUCUAUGACAUCAGGGCUCUCAUUUUGGACCUCGCUCUCAAGCUUGAUAUGAUGAGGCAUCUUGAUUACCUCCCAAGAUAUCAACAACAAAUGCUCUCUCUUGAGGUUUUGAAGAUAUAUGCCCCCUUAGCUCAUGCUGUGGGAACCAACCACUUGUCACUCGAGCUUGAAGAUCUCUCCUUUCGUUAUCUCUUUCCUUAUUCAUACCUGUAUGUCGAUACAUGGCUAAGAAGCCACCAGCCUGGAAAUAAGCCUCUAAUUGACAUAUACAAGGAACAGCUGCUCCAAACUUUAAAAGCUGAUCCUAUCUUAGCUGACAUGGUUGAUGAUGUCGCUGUUAAGGGCCGCUAUAAAAGUCGGUACAGCACAAUGAAGAAGCUCCUGAGAGAUGGCCGUAAGCCAGAAGAAGUAAAUGAUGUUCUAGGAUUGCGAGUCAUAUUGAAUCCUAGGUCUGGCAUAGACAUGUCACAAGAAGGUGAAAGAGCAUGCUACAGGACUCGUGAAAUCAUUCAAUCACUAUGGAAAGAAAUGCCUCACAGAACAAAAGACUAUAUUGCAAGGCCCAAAGCAAAUGGAUAUAAGAGCUUACAUAUGGCAGUUGAUGUGAGUGACAAUGGAAUGGCUAGACCACUUAUGGAAAUACAAAUACGCACUAUUGAAAUGGACAUGUUGGCCACAGGUGGAACUGCAUCCCAUUCAUUGUACAAGGGUGGGCUAACUGAUCCAGAAGAGGCAAAGAGACUUAAGGCCAUAAUGAUUGCUGCAGCUGAACUUGCGGCACUGCGGCUUAAAGAUUUUCCAUCCACAAAUCAUAAAGGCCUUGGGUUUGGUCAGAGAGAUGAAGUAUUCCGCCUUCUUGACAAGAAUGCUGAUGGUAAGAUUAGCAUUGAAGAACUAAUGGAAGUUAUGGAAGAGCUCGGAGCACCAGGGGAAGAUGCCCGAGAGAUGAUGCAACUCCUCGAUUCAAACAGUGAUGGUUCUCUAAGUUCUGAUGAAUUUGGUUUGUUUCAAAAACAGGUUGAAUUUAUGCGCAAUUUAGAGGACAGAGAUGUCCAAUGCAAGACCAUGCUCAAUGACAAGCUCCAAGUGGCAGACAACAGUGGCUUGAUUCAGGUAUACAGCAAAGAAUUUGGUGACAGGCUUGUAAAUUAGAUUGGAUUGAAACUUGAUUGAUUGUUGUCAUGUAUAUACUAUAUAGUGAAUCACCCUGUAGUAUAACAAACUAGAACUUUUGAUUUCUCUAAAAUUGUAGUAUUUCGGGAAAAGAGGAAAAGAAAAGCCGUAUAUUGCAUGAA